UGUCCAUCCUCGAUACUUCCGCUCAUCCACUAAAAGCAAGCGAAGAAAAAACUGACACUGCCCCGCCAUUAUACUCAAGUCCACAUCUCAAGCCUCUUCACUCUCGGCCACAUCACUCAGGCCGGCCACCAACGCACCAGCAGCGACCAUGAUGGUGAAGGACUUCACCUGUGAGAUUGUGGCACCCAUAACGGUGACGGACUUCACCAGUGAGAUUGCCACGGAGCUUAUAAAGGUCCUAGCAGAGAUCGUUAGAAAGUCGCUCGUCCACAGAUCGAGCGCGAAGCAGCUCAAAGUCACCAUAGAGGAGCUCUACCGUCUCUUCCAACAGAUCAAGUACUCCGGCGUCGAGCUCCCGGCACCUCGGCAGCUCCAGCUGGGCCGUGUCUCUGAGGACCUGAAAAAGGGCAUGGAGCUCUGUCAAAAGAUCAAGAGCUUGAGCAGGUGGAACGCGUACAAGAACCUUCAGUACGCUAGGAAGUUGGAGAAGAUAGAGAAGUCGAUCACGAGGUUCAUUCAAGGCCCGAUGCAGCUGCACAUGUGGGCGGAUAUCCACAAGCUGAGCUUCAGCUCGAUGGAGAGGUUUGACCGGAUGGACGGCUCGAUGAUGAGGCUGGAGCAGCAGGUCACAGGGAUGAGGAUCGACACUGGCGGUAGCUAGCCGGUCCAGCGGGCCGUUAACUUCCAGGAGCAGUCCAUGCCAGAGAAGGCAGCCUAGGUGGCAGCCCCCCCCCCCUCCGGACCGAACAUCAGUUACGGAUUUGAAGUUGGGAAUAAGGAAGGUUGAAGGGGAUGCAGAGGAAGGAUCGUUGCUUUCUGAUCUAAAAUGUUAACCGUAUUCCAUUACGCAAUGUUACUUUCGGGGGAUGUCGAUGAAGGAUUAUUGUUGCCGACUGUUUUAAAACGUUAAUCGUCUAUCAAACUAUAUAUGAUUGCCCUUUUAAUGUC